CCAUGGAUCCUUCAAACAUAAGAGAGAAAAUCGGUCGCUUUCGAAUUCUCAUUAUAGGAAGAGCUAAUGCAGGAAAAACUACCAUCCUACAGAGAGUUUGCAACACGCGGGACAAUCCACAAAUAUAUAACAGCGCCGGGGAAAAGAUCGACCUUGAAGUUCUAACAGCAUCCAAAUCGCGCGAAUUACAUGAUAUUCACAAUGAAAUGGUUUUUCAAAGCAACCCGGGCUUCGUUUUCCACGAUCCACGGGGUUUCGAGGCAGGCAGCCAAUCUGAAUUCGACAAGGUCAAGGCAUUUAUCGCUGACCAUUCCAAGGAAACAAAAAUAACAAAACGACUCCAUGCUAUAUGGUACUGCAUCCCAAUGGACGAAGCAAGCAGGUCGUUUACUGCAGCUGAAAAUAAGUUUUUCUCUCAGUGCGACACAGGAAGCAUACCUGUGAUCGUUUUGUUUACAAAGUUUGAUGCCCUAUACGACGUCGCAUACGCACAACUGAAAAAGGAAGGAAGAUCUCGGAAAGAUGCUAAACAACUGGCCCAAAAACGCGCAGAAGAAACAUUUGCCAAUGGAACACAAUUGAAGUUUCUCCAGAAUGUCCGAUGGCCUCCAAGAGGUCACGUAUGCCUUCCCAAUAUGAACAAAGAUGAUGCAAAUCCAGGGCCACUGAUCGAAUGCACAGCUGGAGCUUUGGAUGAUGAAGUGCUGGAGCGAUUGUUCGUCUCGACCCAGCAGACGAACUUGGAGAUCUGCAUGAUACAUGCAAUUGAAAGCACACUCCGAAAACAUCUUGAGACAACCGCAUCUGAAGGUCAUGAGACGAUGAUAGGAACCUUAGGCGGCUGGUUUCCACAUAUUCAGGCAGUACGUGUGUCAAUCCUCGUGUGAGCAAGAGCCAUGCUGAUCCAAGUCGUUGCCUAUCGUUCGCAGGAUGACGUGCUUCGCGACGAUCACUGUGCGGUGAUACAGUCCAAGUUACCCUCUGUGGUAUGUCCAAUCAGUGGCAGAUUGCACACACGUCUCAUGUUGGGAAUCUGCCAGGCCUCUGGCUCAUCAACUUUGGAGAACAUGGUUCAGCUCAUUUCCGGUGAAUUUUGAGGCUGCGUUGCGAUGAAGCUGCUUAUUAUUGACCGUUUAGCUGCUGUCAUUAUCUUCGAGCACUCUUCCUAUAUUUUCGACAAGCGGCGCUAUCUUCAGGACAAGCGGGAGUCGGAUCCCUCUUUUUAUGUCGCUCUGGAGCAGU